GGUCGUGUCUGUGUCCAUCAGAUCUUCCAGGUUCCCAGAACUCUUCAGGCUCAAGUCUUGGUCGCAACAAAUUGUGGAUUCUGACUGGGCCACUUUUCAACCUCCCGUCAUGUCGCCAUAUCUCUCCAUCAACUAGUUGCUUCUGUCUUAUCAUUCUCAAUCUCUACCAGGCCUGACCUGUCCAACUAGGUACAUGUCAAUCUUCUCCGUCCUUCCACUGCCCUUCUUCUUUGCCUGCCUGUCUGCCUGCCUGAUUAUCUCACCGUCGUCCACAAAGGUCCGACCUUGAUACGGCUCCUUGACUUGGGUCAUAUCGGGCAUCGUUGGAAGCUAGGAUCACUCGUCCUCUUCCGAUCCAUGUCAGUCCUUCCUGCACAUCUCCCUUUUCCCGAUUAUCUCUCGCCCUCUGAUUCGAGCUGACGCCAACCACAAGAUCCAUUCCUGUGCUGCCAUAGCUGCACAUGUCUCCCAUCCGCUGUGUUGCCGGCAUAAGUUAUCGCUGAGCCGAACAGCGCUGCAGAUAACACUCUUGUUCCUCCUUCCUCCUCCAACUCGUCAUCUACUUUUCCUCGAUCUCUCUCGCCUUUUAAACACAACGACAUCUCUCCUCCUACCCACCCCUUCUGGCUUGAUCUAACUCGCGAGGCUUGCCCUUGCCUUGCCUCAGCCUUCUCUUUCCCCGGUCUCCAGCUUUACGGUUACGAUGAGCACAUACUUGUGGUACACGUUCAGCUGGAGUUCUUUGAGAAAGAGCCAUGCACCUUGGUAGCCUCUCAAGUGGUCCCAGUUCAGAUCAGUUUGAAUCAGGCUUGCAAGCCCAAAAAUUUACACAUUGUCAUUCUCGUAUCACCCUCACCCUCCUUCUGGAAAAGAGAGGACCGUCUCCUCUCACACCGAUCCAGGGCAUUCAUAUGCUACACACAGAACGCCGCUCCUAUUGAUUCGCUUGUGAUCGCCGUGGGAGACUGCCAUGUCAAGGCCAAACGCCAUGUAUGGUUCCAAUGCCUUGCCGCUCCCCUCGCCAUUUGCUCGCGAACAUCGCCCACUCCAAUUGCCUUCUGAAUCACCACGGCCUUUUCCCACCGGCGAAUGUCGAUUCAACUUACCUACUCUACAUUCUUCGUCACAGAACCAAGGUUGUGCAUGUCAGUCCUUCCAUCUCAAUCGACGCGCCACCGGCACCGUCUGCGAAUGCGGGCACCAGGCAUGUUAUCAUGUCCACGAGUCCCCUAAUGACAAACCGCCGUCUGGUGACAUCCUCAACAUCCUCCAGGACAAAUUGAAUCCCCUGAUGGACAAAAUGAAACGCAUGGAAGAGACCAUCCAAAACGAAAGAGGGAAUCGGGAAACCGCUCUGCAACGAGAGCGACAGAUGUGGGAAAGGGAAGUGCGCAUUCUACGUGAAGCACUGGCUCCCUUCUAUACCAGCGAGAAGGAAAUGCGUCGCAGAUUGACCGAAAUUGAAGAUAGGCUGGAAGGCAACUAUGAUGAACACGUUCGACUUAGGGACCGUGUCAUCGUCAUUGAUGAUGCCACCAUGGCGAUGGAUAAGCGUGUCGAGGAAUUGGAAGGUUCACGGUCCAAAAGGAGACGAACCGCCCGCACUCAUGCGUUGGAGGAGCCUAAUCACAACACCCAGGCAUCCUCUGACACCAGCUCUCAUCGAGUUCCAUCCAGUGUCGAUGAAAGAUCUGUUCAUACUCCUUCAUCCCGCGCUCUGUCCCCAAACGGCGUGAGCACCAUCACACCAGAUUGUGAUGAGCCCCGAUCCAGUGGCAUCUUGAACCUGGUCGAGCUACCCCGUACCAGCACUUUUCACCUCGCUCAACACAUUCCACCCACCCACGACGAGCCACGGUCGAGCGGCUUUCUCACACUUGACCUAGCCAGUUGUGCGGCUCAGAAGCUGAGCGACAGAGGCGGCCGUCAUGUUAUUCGACCUACGGCCCUUACUCCCCCUCAAGAUCGACCUAGCCCACCAGGAUUCGUGGGCCCCGAUCCAGGCCUUGUCCGACCCACCCAUACUCCUCCAGAGAUGGACCCGGUGGGCAAGGGCCCUGCCGUCAGUGUCCUGGUGCUUCCCGUCAAUGGCUCUCCUCGCAAGAGAAAGCAUCAAUUGGAGCACAUGGCCUUGGACAUGCUCGCUGAUGUGAGUGUGGCAAGUCCGUUGAUCCAUUGAAAAGUACCCUUGACUAUCUCAUAUUCACUCAUUUGCGGCCUUCGACCAUAAUGAUAUGGUAGCCAUGUGUUGUUUUGACUUCAGCGUCUGUUGCACAGAUGAUCAGCAAUUGAUGGACACGGUCGCUUUGUGCGAGGUGGGCCAGCUUGUUGGAGCCCCGAUUCUCUUUUGCUUCUUUUCUUCUCGCAAACGGGUCCAGCAUCGAUGGACCAGUUCUUUUGGUGCGCAUGAUGAAAUUGCAAUGUAUCGAUCCUCACCACGGUCCUUGUCUUGUACGUAUGUAAAUGGAAAUGCAGAAACUCACAUUUGGGAUGGGCUGUCG